AUGCCUCUAGACGAGUUUUCAAGUCGAGAAGACCAAUGGACGGGCAAGCCAUGGUUUCAGCACUUCUUAAUUGCAUUGGCAGCUGUUUUUGUAGUGCCUGCUAUCAUUGCUAUUAUUCAUCGUGUCUACAUUCACCCUCUUCGCCAUAUACCAGGGCCGUUGUUGGCAGCCGUGACUGACUUUUAUGGAUUUUAUCAUAAUUUCAAAGGAGGAGGGUAUUCGAAGUUAUUCCGGGAUCUUCACAAGAAACACGCCUCUCCAGUUAUUCGGAUUGGUCCGAAUCAUGUUCAUGUGGACAGUCCAGAAUUAUUCGAGGAGAUAUUUCGAAUCGGAUCAAAUUAUGCCAAAGACCCAUCAUUCUACAAGAAUUUUGGUGGUCUGGAUGCCAUGCUGGAUGCCGAAGACUUUCGCACAUAUCGUACUCACAUCUCGUCGUUGUACUCGGCUAGGUCUGCUGACAGGCUCGCGCCAAGAUUACUGACAGAACUCCAAGCCAUCGAGAAACGGCUGGAGCAAAAUGCGAACAUAGUUCUUCGACUACUUUUCCCUCAGGAUGUGAACCUUUUUGAGACUGAAGGUUAUCAUCCUUUCUUGGAAGCUUUUGAUAUGAUCAUGACUAAGACAUGGCUAAAAUGGGCAAAUGAUGCUCAACUACUUCGAGCUAAGCAAAGAGAGCUAGAGCGCGACUCUCAUAUGACUAGAUACUUAGAUAUAGAUCCUAACGACCAUAAAAAGGUGAAAGCCGUCCCUCAUCCCUUAGAAGAUAUCUUCAACUUCAUUGCUGGAGGAAGUGAUACAACGGCAUACACAGCAUCUUGUGCUGUCCACUAUCUGCUCAGCUCACCCGAAAUUCUCGCCAAGCUCCAAGCCGAGCUCGACCAGUCGUCCUUAAUUAUCCGUGGGGACUUUGACCACAAAAGGAUCCAAAAUCUUCCAUACUUGAAUGCGGUAGUCAAGGAAACCCUUCGCCUUUCUAACCCCGUCCCGGGAUGUCUUCCCCGGAUAGUUCCGAGCGGCGGUAUUCACGUCAAAUCUGUUUAUAUUCCUGCUGGUACAGCCGUGUCAGUGACACUUCUGUGCAUCCAGCAAAAUGAAAAGCUGUUUCCGGAGCCCCAGAAAUUUAGGCCAGAGAGAUGGUUGGGCGAAGAGGGAAAGCUGGUUGAAAAAUGGAACAUUGCAUUCAGUCGAGGGCCUCGUCAAUGCAUCGGGACAAAGUGA